AUGUGUGAUCUAGGUCUUCUUACCUCUUAUCUCGGAAUUGAAGUAGAACAAUUCGGAGAUAUGAUUAGUUUAAAGCAACAACGUUAUGCUCUACGAAUACUUGAUCAUUCUGGAAUGCAAGACUGCAACCCCACCGCCACACCACUUGAAGCUUGGUUCAAGUUCAAUAAUGGAGUCAAGAGUCAAUCAGUUGACCCAACAAAAUUUCAGAGCAUAAUUGGGAGCUUGAGGUAUUUAGUUCACACGACCUGA